GACCCGCUUCCUUUCAUCCUGCGCCCUUGAUUAAAGUGCCGUUGCCCGUGACCAUGGCUGUUGACGAUCCACAUCGACACAUCAAGGAAUUUGGCGGAGGGUGAAAGUACUCCCGCCAUGUCUGCAAUAGCGUCGCAUACCAGCGGGGUUCCGAAUGGUGUGGACAAGAAGCUCGACAUCGUCGUGGUCGGCGGCUCCCUAGGUGGCCUCUGCACUGGUCUAGCCCUCAAAUCCCUCGGCCAUGCUGUCACGAUCCUCGAGCGCAAUCCCACGGCCCUCCUGCACAACCAGGGCGCUGGCAUUGUCGCGGGCGGCGAUACCCUCACAUUCUUCAAGCGAUACGACCGAUGUGGGCGGCAGUUGGCAGUUUCCUCGCAGCGACGGCAAUACUUGGACAAGGAGGGGAAGAUUGUGCACAGGGAGGACAUGGUUCAGAAUAUGACGAGCUGGGAUCUCGUGUAUUACAUGCUGAGGGCGAAUUUCGAUGGCGUGAAGAGCCCAUAUUGCAAUGUGCCGGAGCUGAGGGAGGGAGAUGGCGUGGCGAAGCAUCUACAUGGUCACAGGGUGACGGGCAUAACGGAGAAGAACGGAAGAGUUGAAGUUGCAUAUACAACUAACGAAGGCAAAGAAGGUACCAUCACGGCAGACUUCGUUGUCGGCGCCGAUGGACCUAGCUCCACCCUCCGAAGUAUUCUUCAACCUAACGUGGAGCGGAAAUACGCCGGUUAUGUUGCGCUCCGUGGAACGGUCCCGGAAGACCAAGUGUCACCACCAACGCUAGAAGCAUUCAGCGAGCGCUUUACCUUCUUCCAUACAAGAGGCAUCCAAAUCCUAGCAUAUCUCAUUCCCGGUGAGAAUGGAACGCUAGAACCAGGCAAACGUCUCGUCAACUUCGUGUACUACACAAACUUCCCCUCGAAAUCUCUCGACGAUCCCUCACUGGAGCUCGCAGAGUUGAUGACGGACAUGGAUGGCGAACGACAUCGGAUCACUAUGCCGCCCGGGAAGACCGACCCCAAGGCGUGGGAAAAGCAACGGCAGAUUGCGAAGGAAUGUCUUCCACCACAAUUCGCAGAAAUCGUGUGUGGAACCAAGAAACCGUUCGUUCAGGCCAUAACAGACGUUAUCUCCACCCAGAACGAGUUCCUCGACGGCAAAGUUGUUCUCAUCGGCGAUGCGCUCGCGGGGUUCAGACCACAUACUGUUGCAAGCACGAGCCAGGCCGCAUUUGACGCGAUGAUCUUGGCGGAUAUGAUUGCGGGGAAAGUGUCAAGGAAGGAAUGGAAAAGGGAGACAAUGGCGUAUGCAAGGACGAUCCAGAAGAGGGGCGUCGAUAUGGGCAACCGGAGCCAGUUUGGGGAUUUACCGCUGAAGGAACAUAUACAUGAUAGGAAUCUAGCGAGUAGACCGCGGGAGGAAGAGAUUUGGCCGGAAUGGAGUAUAGCUGACAUAGAUUAA